UACAUUAUUGUUGUUGUCAUGAAUUGAAUGCAUUUAUAGUUAAUUGAAAUUUAAUUUAUUAUUAAACACUAAUUGCUAUACAUUUGAACCCAAAUCGCCGUUCAUUUGCUUUCAAUCCAUUGUAUAUCCCAUCAUAUGUUGCAAGUGUUGACCACUCUUUGCAUCACAUGAUGGCAUCGAUGCAGAAACGACUUCAGAAGGAACUGCUGGCCAUUCAAAAGGAACCGCCGAUUGGAGUGACAGUGAAUGAGUCUAAUAUCGGACCAAAUCUAACCCAAUGGAUCGUCGACAUCGACGGACCGGUGGGCACACUAUACGAAGGCGAGCACUUCCAACUGCUAUUUAAAUUCAGUCCGAAAUAUCCGUUUGAUUCGCCGGAAGUGACAUUCAUGGGCGCCAACAUUCCAGUCCACCCUCACGUCUACAGCAAUGGACACAUA